CAUAAAGCUCGGAACCGAAGAUGGAUGCCAACCAUGAAGGGGUCCCAACGGAGCAAAAUCAAUAUUUACAUGUUGAAACCCUAGCCUUCGUCUACUUCCGAUCCCCUCCCACCCUCUCCAAAUCCAUUUCAUAACAAUCUAAUUCCUCCCAAAAGCCCUAAUUUUUCUCUCGGUUACAGUUGGAUCAUUGUUUAGAUCGAGAGGAGAGUUAGGGCUAUUGACGGAGAAUGACAAUUCUUUACGCAUUGGUGGCGAGAGGAUCUGUGGCGUUGGCGGAAUUCAAUAGCUCGCAGACGAACGCGAGCACGAUUGCGAGGCAAGUUCUCGAGAAAAUCCCGGGAAAUAAUGAUCUGAAUGUUUCGUACUCGCAAGAUCGGUAUAUUUUUCAUGUUAAGCGUACUGAUGGGCUCACGGUUCUCUGUAUGGCCGACGACGUCGCCGGAAGAAGGAUUCCUUUUGCUUUUCUUGAAGACAUUCAUCAAAAAUUUGUGAGGACUUAUGGUCGAGCAGUAUUAUCAGCCCAGGCUUAUGGCAUGAAUGAUGAAUUUUCAAGGGUUCUUAACCAACAAAUGGAGUAUUACUCAAAUGAUCCUAAUGCAGAUAGGAUAAACCGUAUAAAAGGUGAAAUGAGCCAGGUGCGCACAGUCAUGAUACAGAACAUUGACAAAGUUCUAGAGAGAGGUGAUCGAUUGGAGCUACUUGUUGAUAAAACUGCCACUAUGCAAAGUAAUACUUUUCGCUUUAAAAAGCAAUCUAGAAAAUUCAGGAAUUCAAUUUGGUGGAGAAAUGUCAAGCUCAUGUUUGCUUUGAUAUUUCUUCUACUGGUGGUUGUAUAUGUUGUGGUUGCAUUUGCUUGUCAUGGGCUUACACUUCCUGCUUGUUUAACAUAACAACUUUUUCUACUAAAAAAGGAGAUAUGGGUGGAUCAAAGAUAGGUUUGUAGUUCAAAUGAAAUGAUUGCUUUGACAACCUGUAUCGAGUUUUUAAUCAUGUGAAUGUUCUUCUUGGUGUUUAUGAGUGAAGAUGCUCAAUUUUUUCAUCCUUUGAGAACUUUCUUGCAUAUAUGUGUGAAAUGUUUGUUAUGGUGAUUCUUGAAUGUUAUUCAGGUUCGUUAGUCUUCCAUAACUGAAUGUAUAUGUGAGAAUUAUAUAUGAAAAAUUCUUUGUUUGGGUUUUGGCA